AUGAAGGAAAGCCAAAAGCCAUUGAAUGGAGCAUAUAUUACUGAGAAUGAGUUAAAACAUCGUCGAAAAGGUUGAAAUUGAGGCACAUGCAGUCAUAUAGUACGCUUUUAACCACUUAAAAAUUGCAUAGCAAAAUCAGUUUCCUAUAAUUAAACGAAGUUCUGCGAAAUUGUGCAAAGAAACUAGAUAAUAUAUAGUUUCAAUCGCGUGAUAUUUAGCGUAAUUUGACUCAAUCAUGGAAAUGAAGUGAACCAAAAGAGCUAUGAAACAAAAUGGCCGUCAACGCAUCUUAUGUAAAUUAGUUAAUUAGUUGGACGAAUUUGGAACCGGGCUGAAAUUCGUCCGUUUUGGUCUUCCGUUUACACGAGAACCACCGAACCGAACGAAUUUGAAACCCCCUAAUUGACGAAUUCGCGGGUAAACAGGAGAAAAAGGACGAAAUUUCAGUCCCAAAUUCGUCCGGUACCGUAUAAACGGGGUCUAAAAGCCAAAUUAUUUUUUUAAAAAAUAGACAACAUAAAAACCCUCCUUUACACUCGCCACGGACCCUUGCCCUCACGUGACGUCAAUACGUCAUAUGAAACCCUUGAUUGGAUAAAUUAAUAUAUUUUAGAUGUGACUAGUUUAAAAACAAACAUCAUCGCUCAAUUCAGAGAACCAACGUAUGAGGUUUGCGGUCUUAAUUGCGCAGAACACCGUUUCUGUGUUGCAUUCAACUACAAAGAGAAUUCUGAGGGAAAUGAAUGGAACUGUCAGUUAACAAAUACGACUCAACAUAAAUUUGAUAAUAAUGCCAUAAAAAAAAAGAGAGUUUGGACGUUCAUCAAAGAUAAUGUAGACCGAAGUCAGGUGGUAAGCAGUUACAUAUACUUUUUACUAAAUUUGUGGACAAAGCGUAUACCUCCCAUUAAGCUACGUUUACACGCUACGAUUAAUCGUGUACGAUUCGUAUACUGGCGUAUAUUUUAGAGUGCUGGCGCCAUAAUUUAUUGCCGUUUCGCUAAAAAGAAAUUUCAAAUGUAGCCAGCUUUUAGUCAGCUUACGUGUGCUUACUCAAUGACCUACGCCAGAAAACAAAUCGUACACGAUUAAUCGCAGCGUGUAAACGUAGCUUUAAAACCAAAUUCGAUCCAUGUAUAUACAUCCUUUGCGCAUAUAUAUCGAAACCGCAAAAGGUCUAGUAAAUUAUUUGAUAAUUUCUAGCAGAUCUAUGUAGCCAUUUUUCAAAGUUGGACAUGACGAGGUUUUGAACAUGCGGUCGUAUUUUUUUGACAAGUUCACACAAAAUUGUAUGAGCGUUGCUUGACCCAAAUGCAGAGCAGACAAAUGAAUUGAAUUAUAUGCGCGUUGCUUGACCCAAAUGCGGAGCAGACGAAUACAGUAGCAAUAGGGAGAUUUUGGCGUUUGACAUUCAACUGAAAGGGAAUCAGUAUUCCGAAUUGUAGGUUUAAAUACGAAUCUACCAUUUAAAAAAUAAUGUAUCCCGUAUUUAAACUUUGUCAGUCUCUAAAAUAGACACCAUGCAGUAUUUUUGCAUGUGAAGAUGUAAUCAACUAUUUUGCAGGCAUCGUGCAGAGGAGAAGUAAAUGAAUGUCAAAAUGGUGCAACAAUGAUCUGGGAUCCAGAUAAACCUUUCAACUGUCUAUGUAAGAAGGGAUACGAAGGAAAGAUCUGUCAAAAUGGUAAUUAA